AUGCGAGACUACGACGAGUCAAAGCGCCGGCAGAUAUUCGCCGACAAUUACCGCCGGAUUCGCGACCACAACAAAGAGGCCGAUAAAGGCGUUCACACGUAUCGGUUGGGCGUCAAUCAGUUCACAGAUAUGACUGAUCAAGAAUUUAGCGCUACAUUGCGCAAUGUGCCACCUCUACCAAGUUCUAAGCGCUAUAAAGCGACCCAGUUCGUUGAAAUGGAUGAGCAACCUUUGGAUGAGACGCCUGAUAGCUUUAAUUGGUGCGAUAAAGGUGUAGUCACCAUGGUCAAAAACCAACAAAACAGUCCAACGUGUUUCGCAUUCGCAGCGGUCGACACAAUUGAAAGUCAUUAUAAAAUAGGCAAUCCACGCGAACAACUACUAGAGUUAUCGGUUCAACAGGCGAUCGACGGACUCAACGACCCGACCGUAUGGCGCGAUGGCGGCGACAUGAGAGACGUAUACCGGUUGGCAAUGAGACCAACCGGUGGUUUAGCGCUGGAAUCGGACUACCCAUACAUCGACCGGCCCGGUCCUAAUACGGUGGCACAGACAAGAGUAACCAUGACCAAUUAUUGCGGGCUCGACACUGGCGACGAGAUGGCACUGAUGGGUAUAGUGGGCACCAAAGGCCCGGUAGCCGUCGGCCUACAUAUAAAUGGGCAAAAAUUGCGAGAUUAUGAAAGCGGUGUUUUCACCGAUAGUACGGGCGAUAGUAAUCACGCGGUUGUUGUCGUCGGUUACGGCACAGUCGACGGUCGCGACUAUUGGCUCAUCAAAAAUAGCUACUCAGACACGUGGGGCGAAAGGGGUUAUAUGAAACUAGCUCGUAAUUGUCAUAACGUUUGCGGUAUCGCUAAUGAUUGUGUCUAUCCGAUUGGUGUUCGACCAUGUUAA